ACCACGUUGCCAAAUUGAGUAUCUAAGUGAAUAUCCAUUUGCCCAUGCCCGGUCGCAUAGAUUCACACCGAAACAGUCGCACCCACGUCUCGAAACGUUUUGCUUGCUGCACGGUUUCGAAACCAUAAUAGGAUCGGGUCGCCACCAGUUGUGGUUGGAGGGUAGUGUGAUUUUAGCUUUCCGUAUCGCCUCAAUCACAGCCAGGAUAUACUUUGAUUCCUAGGGGACUACAAAGCUAAGACAGAUUCAAUUUAUCGAUUGAUGAUGACGAAGAAUUUCCUUGGUUUCCAAAAUACUGAUAUUACGACUAGUACUGCGUUCGGAAAUGCUUGUUCAACUUGGACAAACGAGCAAACUACUUAAAGGGCAGUGUCGUAAUAAUUUAUUUCUGUUCCCCUUGUUAACUAUAGAAAACAUACACGAAAUGACGGUCUGUUUUUUUCCAAUUCGAAUUGACUCGCAACAGAAAAUGCGGUUCGAGACGCAAUAAUAGAUUUCGCAAUAGCUGGUCCAAUUAGUUCGUUCGUUCGUUAGGUGCCAGACCUGAUACAGGCAUCGACGAUCAUGCGUCUCCAGGAUAUUCUAUCAUCACAGGCAUGGAUGAGUUCAUUGCAACUGGCGUUGUUGUUAGUUGCCCACGAGUUAAGAGAUUGCAAAACUGACUUCGGAAAUUACGAUGUGCUUGACAACAUAAGGGAAGUCUCUCAGGCUCAGCCAGUCCCAUCGCAUAUUGCGUGUCCAGUGUAUUUCGAGACUGGGGAACCUGCAGAAGGGCCAAGUGGGCCAGAAUUAAAGGCUGAGUGGCAGGUGGACUCAAUGAAGGAAUCAUGCCGGUUGGCAAGACUGGUGAUGAACACUGUUGCAGAAAAUAUUAAAAGUGGCAUGACGACGGACGAUAUCGACAUCCUUGUUCACAAUAAAAUAAUUGAAUAUGGGGCUUAUCCCUCACCUCUAAACUACCGUGGAUUUCCAAAGAGCGUGUGCACGAGUGUCAAUAAUGUAGCCUGCCAUGGGAUACCAGAUGACAGGAAGUUGAUAGAUGGCGAUAUCAUCUCAGUUGACAUUACUGUUUUCUACAAAGGAUAUCAUGGAGAUUGUUGUGAAACCUUCAUCAUUGGAGAUGUAGAUGAAGCCGGCCAACACUUAGUUGAUGCUGCACGAAAAUGUCGAGAUGAAGCCAUUGCGAUAUGUGGCCCUGGAGUUCCAUUUGCAGCUAUUGGUCAUAAAGUAGAACAAGUUGCCAGACGGGAGAAAGUCACUGUCGUUCCAUGCUUUAUUGGCCAUGGUAUAGGCACUUAUUUUCAUGGUCCCCCAGAUAUCUACCAUUGUUACAACAACUACCCAGGCACUAUGGAAGAAGGAAUGACCUUCACAGUGGAGCCCAUAGUAGCUCAGGGUCAAGAGGACGUGUUGAUCCUUGAAGACGGUUGGACAGCAGUCAUGGUGGACAAUGGUAGAGCAGCACAGUUUGAGCACACUGUCCUCAUCACAGAAAGUGGCCAUGAAAUUCUCACAGCUGUAUGAUAAAAGAAGGGGGGGUUUAGUGAGGGUGAGGGUGAAAAGUUUUAGAAAGAAUGCUAUGGUGGAUGAAUGCAGAGUAGCUCAGUUCAAAGCACUCUGUAUUCAUUGUAGAAGGCAGUCACAAAAUUCCCAUAGCAGAGGGUCACAAGAAAAGGUAUGGAGAUGGAUGAGAGGGAAAAUAGUAGUUUGUGGUUGUAAUGUUUUGGACUGAAAGACUUUUGGGAAGAGGAAUUGAUUGGGGUGCAUUUUGCAUUUUGUAUUUAUGUAUGAAAAAAAGCUUUAAAUCGGUUUUCUAAUUCUUCUCCAAAAGAUAUAUUCCUUAUGUACAUACAAAUAAAAAAGUGUUUUAGU